CUUGGCAGAUGCCAAGCCUCAAGAGAGCCUGGGCAGCUUGGUGGUCUUAUCAAGAUAGCCAGGUCUCUGAAAAGGAGGAUUCUCUUUUAGUCAAGACCAAGAGAACCACUGAUUUUCAGCUGAGUUUAAAGGAACCUCAGAACUUAUUGAAUCCAUUUCCAUUUGCAUUCAGAUGAAGAAAAUACAUCAGAGAAAUUAAAUAACCUGUCAAUAGUCACAGCUACAGUGUCUCUGAUGGGAUGAUAUUGAGAUGCAGUGCCUCUUUCUUCAAGAUUUGUCCUUUGUCCUCUUGGUCCUGCUCCCCUGGACAGUCGCAGGGAAAUUCACUGUGAUAGGACCACAACAACCAGUCAUUGCCAUGGUGGGCGAAGAGGCCAUAUUCCCAUGCCACCUUUCUCCCCAGAUGGAUGCCCAGGACAUGGAUGUGACGUGGUUUUAUGGAGAGUCCUUAGAACUUGUGCAUCAGUAUAAAGAGAGGCAGGAUUAUCUAAAUCAUCAGCGCCAAGAAUAUAAAGGGAGGACAGAAUUUCUUCGAGAUGACAUUUCCACUGGGAGUGUGGCCUUGAAGCUUCAUCAUAUUCGUCCCUCUGAUGAAGGGAAGUAUUGGUGUUUAUUUGAAAGUUCUAAAACUUAUGGGGAAGCAGAAUACCAAGUGUAUGUAGCAGGCAAAGGCUCUGCUCCUCACAUAUACGCUGUGAAUGAUGAAAAUAAAAGGCAUAGGCUGGUAUGCACAUCUACAGGGUGGUACCCAGAGCCUGAAGUUCUAUGGAGAAAAAACCAGGAAACGUUAUUGCCACAAGACACUACGAUCAAGAAGGAAGAAAAUGGGUUAUUUUCUGUUGAAACAUCAAUUACAGUUUCCAUGAAUUCCAUAGUGAAUGUUUCUUGUUUCAUUGGGAACCCUCUCCUCAGACAAAAGUUGGAAGCAAGUUUUUCUCUGUCAGAUGACUUGUCUCAAAAUAAUCCUCCCGGGAUUGUGAUAUGGAUUGUGACUGGGGUCCUUGUCAUCGCUGUGAUUCUCAUCCUUAUUUUUGUGAUCUGGAAGUUAAAAAAAGGCAAAGGUGUGAAUAAAGAAGACCCUGUCUCUUAUGCCUCAGUCAAGGUAGAAAAUGAAUUCGGUGUGAAUAACGAUGAAGAUGACGUGUUUAGAGAUGAACCUGACUUACAAACUGCCCAGAAAUACAGAGUGGAUGUCACUUUUGAUGCGGACACAGCUCGUCCUUUCCUCCUUCCUGGAAUGGAUGGAAAAAGCUCUCAUUCUUCCUCUCACCAAAACAAGCACAGGGGCCCUCAGGGCUUAGAGCCCUUGUACUGUGUGCUGGGCAAGGAGAGAUUCACUUCAGGAAAAUAUUACUGGGAGGUGCAGAUAGAAGAUAAGAUGAAGUGGAUCUUGGGACUCUGUAAUGACUCAGUCAUGAGAAAAGGAAGGUGCGAGAUCAUACCAGCAACUGAGUUCUGGACUAUCUCUCUGAAGAAGGGAAAUCAGUACUGGGCUAAAUCUAGGCCUCCAACCCGUCUCCACUUGAGAGUGCCCCCCAAGGUAGUGGGUAUUUUCCUGGACUAUGAAGCUGGCUGCAUCUCUUUCUACAAUGUGACUGAUGAUACCCAUAUCUACACCUUCCAGGAUACCUUUAGAGAAGCCCUACGGCUAUUUAUGUACUCUGACCCCUUGUUUCCAUAGGAAAACAUUGUCCCUAUUACCAUCCCCCAAAGGCAGGGGAUUCUCAAGCCUUGUAAAAUUCCUAACCCCAAAAGAGAGCCUGGAAAUUGUUUUGAGUAAGCAGAAAUGGGCUCUUGAGGAGUCAUCUUAUCCACAGCCUUCAGUCUUCCCUUCAGCACAUGCUGAGAAUUCUCCCACGUGUCUUUCUCCCUUCAUAUGCACAGCUUCUCUCCUCCAUUUGGUACAAGGCCUUUCCAGGACUACUGUAGUACCCACCUGUUACCCAAUUCUCACCCAUGGUUCCAAGAAGCUGUAGCAUUCACAGCAGGGUAACAACUUCUUGGAAGAUGGACUAACCAGGUUGCAGCUUACUGAUGACACUCAAACUUCUCGGUGAGUUAAAGAGAUGUCUACCCCAAGAAUAUAAAGAUGACCUUCCUUGGAAUAGGCAGAAGAGAACAAUUUGUUCAGUGGCCAUGAAGACAGCUAAAGCAGGCUCUGUGGAGCACUGAAAGCUUGGUUAGACAUCAAAGGUGCCAAGAUCAUCUGCUAUAUCCUGAGUCAUCAUCAAUCAUCUUGACUUUUGUCUUGCCAUUAGACUUCAAUUAUUCUGGAAGAGAGAGUAAGGAUGAUGACUUUGUGCAACUCCACCUCAGUUUAAUCCAAUCACUCUCAAGUUAAAAUGUCACAUAUCAUUGGUCCUCUUUGCAAACAAAGAAUAAUCACCAAUAGCAUCCUCCUAAUCUGUUUGUUUCAACACUGGAAAUUCCUAGUGUACCUUUUCUAUAACAGCUCUAUUUGUUUUAUAGCUUUUUAACAAUGGUCUUAAAAACACAGCUAUGCAUUAGAUACUAGCCCAUGGAUCAAGGAACCCCUACAUGUUUUCCAGGCAGAAGCAUGGUUUAAUACAUUGUUGGUGGAACUGUGAAUACAUCCAAGCAUUCUGGAGAGCAAUUUGGAACUAUGCUUUAAA